GUGCAGUAUUUAAUGUUUUUCGUUGUGCGACUUUCGUUUAGUGCUCAAAAAUGACAUUAAUUGUGAUUGAAAUUGUUAUAAAAUGAAAUAAUUAUAACGUUGUUGGCUGUGAAACUAGUGUUUCAUUUUGUUUUUAUCAGUAUACGUUAUUAGUGUUACAAAACAAUAUAAGGGGGAGGUACCGUGAUGCCAGUUCGCAAGCAAGAGGCCCACCGAGCAUUAGAACUGCUGGAAGAUUACCACAGCAAAUUAGUGAAGCCUCAAGAUCGUCAACUUAGGCUCGCUAUCGAGAGAGUCAUAAGAAUCUUCAAGUCGAGGCUAUUUCAAGCUCUACUCGAUAUUCAAGAAUUCUAUGAGCUAACAUUAUUGGAUGACAACAAGUCGGUCCAGCAGAAGACUGCAGAGACAAUACGAAUUGCUAACAAGUGGGAAGCAGAUGGUACGAGACGUGAGAUACACACCGAUGAAGGCGAUUACAGAUCUGUGUCAAACGCAUUCUUACAGGACAGCAACAGGAAAGAAGAACAUAGAAACGAUGACACUCCAGAUUCGGGGAAGAUGGGAACUACACCGAUGUUAUCACCGUGCGGUGACAAUGAAGAAAAAAAGGCUCACGUUCCAACACCAGAAAUGAAGCAGUUACAGAUAAAUGGCAUAGAAGGUGGUGGAACAGACAGGACAGUGGGUGAAGAUGGAUUUUUAUAUCUGACAGUAGCACUAUCAAGAGCAGGAGGUGCGGGCCUUGGUUUCAGUAUUGCAGGGGGCUCUGACAACCCACAUGUGGCCGAGGAUUCACUUAUUUAUGUAACAAAACUUAUCCCUGGUGGUGCGGCUGCUGCAAGUCAACUACAGAUCAAUGAUGCUAUUUUGCAAGUUAAUGACACAAAUGUUGAAAAUGUGACUCAUGCUGAAGCUGUAGAUGCAUUAAAAAAGGCCGGCAACACUGUAAGACUGAAAAUAAGGCGCCGUACUGCCGAGAACACUUUAACAGUACCGAGCAUAACAAAUAAAGAAGAGGCUGUAGAGAUAGAGUUGGUUAAAGGAGGAUCAGGUCUAGGGUUCAGUAUAGCAGGAGGUGUAGGCAAUCAACACAUACCGGGCGACAAUGGUAUCUACGUCACCAAGAUAAUGGCUGGUGGCGCCGCACAUCGAGACGGACGGCUGAGGGUCGGCGAUAAACUGCUCAUGGUCAAAAACACAUCGAAAGGCGAUGUGAACCUUGACAAUGUGACGCACGAGGAGGCGGUCAGCGCGCUCAAGGCGUCCGGUGAGCGCGUGCUACUUGUGCUAGUGCCCGGACCCAGGCACGGACAGCCCUCGCCGAGGACAUCACGGGCUAAUACGCCUUCAAGCACGGCUAAUUCUCUACGACGUGAAGACGUAACGGACGGUACUGAAGAGCCACGAGUUGUUGAACUAGAAAAAGGCCCCCAAGGUCUCGGCUUUAAUAUAGUGGGAGGUGAAGAUGGACACGGGAUCUAUGUGUCCUUUUUACUCGCUGGAGGGCCGGCAGAGAAAUCAGGGGAAUUGCGCAGGGGAGAUAGGUUGCUUGCCGUCAAUGAUAUUGAUAUAACGCACGCAACGCAUGAACAAGCAGCAAAAGCUUUGAAGGGCACAGGACAGAAUGUAAAACUGACAGUAGUGUAUCGGCCGCAAGAAUACAACAAGUUUGAAGCCCGUAUCAACGAACUUAAACAGCACCACACACUUUUAAGAACGUCACAAAAGCGAUCACUUUAUGUAAGGGCACUAUUCGACUACGACCCUGUAAGAGACGAUGGUCUACCAUCCCGAGGACUGCCAUUCCGGUACGGAGAUAUACUGCAUGUCACAAACGCUUCUGAUGACGAAUGGUGGCAAGCCAGGAUCGAAGUCACCGGCCGCCAACCCAAUCAACGAAUAGACACGACGGAGGCGGACGCGAUCGGUAUAAUACCGUCGAAGCGUCGCUGGGAGCGCAAGCAGCGCGCACGGGACAGGCAGGUCAAGUUCCAGGGACAGGGCACGCCAGUAAGUACUAGCCAAUCUACUCUUGAAAGAAAAAAGAAAACUUUAUCGUUUAGCAGAAAGUUUCCUUUCAUGAAGAGUCGAGAGGAUGGUAAAUCAGAAGAUGGUUCGGAUCAAGAACCUUUCAUGCUAUGUUACACGCAAGAGGAUACAAAUGCGGAUGGGGAAAUCUUGUACCGAGUGGAACUUCCCAUGAUGGAGGAGAUAACGCUCAUAUAUCUCGAGGACGAGAGCCAAGAUGAGAAUGUGCUCUCAUAUGAGACGGUACAGCAGUUGACGAUAGCUUACACGAGGCCGGUCAUUAUCUUGGGACCUCUCAAGGACAGGAUCAACGAUGACCUCAUAUCAGAGUUUCCUGACAAGUUUGGAAGCUGUGUGCCUCAUACUACGCGGCCGCGUCGCGACUACGAGGUGGACGGACGCGACUACCACUUCGUGUCGUCGCGCGAGCAGAUGGAGCGCGACAUACAGAACCACCUGUUCAUUGAGGCCGGACAGUACAACGACAACCUUUACGGCACAUCAGUCGCCUCCGUGCGAGAGGUCGCCGAGAAGGGCAAGCAUUGCAUUUUGGACGUGAGCGGGAACGCCAUCAAGAGAUUACAAGUGGCGCAGCUCUACCCCAUUGCCAUAUUUAUUAAACCAAAGAGUGUAGAGUCUAUUAUGGAGAUGAAUAAAAGGAUGACUGAAGACCAGGCGAAGAAAACUUACGAACGAGCACUAAAAAUGGAACAAGAAUUCGCUGAAUACUUUACGGCGGUGGUUACCGGAGAUACGCCCGAGGAGAUCUACGCUAAAGUGAAGGCGGUGAUAACUGCCGAGAGCGGGCCCACUGUGUGGGUGCCGCGCCGCGAGCCGCUGUGAGACGCGCCCCCCGGC